AUGAAACAAGAGGCCUUUCUUCCAGCUGCCGACGUGGUGUCUUUUGGUGCUUUGAGCGAUGCCUUGGGGCGAGCACAGCAGUGGGAACUGGUGCUGGAGAUCUUGCAGGAAUCUCCUAGCCUUCCGGCGCUCAGCAGCUCUAUCAUUGCUCAGGAAAGAGCAAGCCAAUGGGAGCGAGCCCUGCCAUUGCUGGCCUGGGCCCGCAAGUCGUACUUGGAGCCCAAUGUGGCUGUCAUGAACGCCGCCUUGGGGGCGCUGGGCAGUGGUAGCCAGUGGGCAUACGUAUUGCAGCUGCUGAUGCAGAUGACCGAGGAAAGGCUGAAGCCCAACACCAUCUCCCUAAACACAGCGCUGCGUGCCUGCGCAGAUGCGAGCCACUGGAGAUUGGCCGUGGCCACCUUUGCUCUCUUUGAGGAGCUUGAGCUGAAAAGCAGCAAUAUCUCACACACCAGCUUGAUGGGUGCAUUGGCCAAUGCGACCCGAUGGCAAGAGGCGAUCGAUGAACUGAUGCGUUUGGAUCGCUUGCCGGACGUCCACGCAGAUCUCAUUGCCUACAAUGCGGCGUUGACGGCCUGCAGCCGAAGCGCCUCCUCCACUGCUGCCCUACAACUCUUGAAAGAUUUGGAAGAACGCGGCUUGAAAGCCAACAUCACCAGUUACAACAUUGCACUGAGUUGCUUGGCCGGUGCUUGGGAAUCUGCUCUGAUGUUGCUCGAAGAAGUGGACGAAGGCUUGGGCCUGGAAGCAUUGACGCUGCGCGUCGGCUUCGAUGCCUUGAGGGGUGCACCACUGGAGCUGGCUCUGAGCUUCCACCGGCGCGCGGUGGAUUUGGACCUGAUGCCUUCACUGAAAAAGGUCACCGACCUACACGAAUUUCCUGCCGAGACCGCCUUGGUGUGGCUCUGUGCCACCUUGCUGGAUGCCGCCCUGAGAGAUGAGAGCGACUUGAUCCUGAUCUGUGGCCAAGGGAAGCACAGCAGAGAGACCCCCGUACUGGCGCCGACGUUGCUGGAGUUUCUCGCGUCCUUGCCAGUGGAGGCACUUUCGCCGACUUCGUUGAAGGGAACAGAGGCAGACUGCAGGUCAAUGGCGCAUCAUUGCAGCGCUGGGCCAGAGGUGAUUCCAGCGCUGGGUUUGAAAAACUUGGAGCUCUUGCUGUGCGACCUUUGGGCAUGCGUUCAGUUGAUGGCGCAGUUUUCCCGUCGGGCGCUGCGUGGUUUGCUGGUGCUGCUGUCCUGUGGACUUUGGUGUCGCACUGGCCCUGCUGACUCGGUGAUGGCAGAGGCAACACCUGAGGACCUUUUGAUUGUGGGCGCUGGAUAUUUGGGUCGCCGGGUUGCGCAGCUCUGGCGAGAGAAGCCCAAGGGGCCCAAGGCGAAGGUGGUAGCCGCCACCCUGACUGAGAAGUCCCAUGAAGCGCUGCGCCAAGAAGGACUUGAUCCCAUCUUGGCAUCAGACUUGAAGGCUUCAAAGCUGAAGUUUUCGCAGGUGGUGUUUUGUGCGCCUCCCAGUAGGGGUGAGGCCGGUGACUAUGCGAAGUCAGUCACAGACGCCCUGGAGCAUCUGGUUGAGGGGGGGAUUGGCGUGUUCACCUCCUCCGCUAGCGUCUUCGCGGAGGACUCUGGCAACUCUGUGGACGAGUCCGGCGCACUUUCCGACAGUGGCAGCGCGCAACGGAUGUUGGCUGCUGAGGAGGCUGCACAGCGAGGUGGUAGCGCUGUUUUGAGACUGGCCGGGCUCUACGAUCUCGAAAGAGGUCCUCAUAGCUACUGGCUGAAAGUGGGUGUGGUGAUACUCGACGUUUCAUUGGGAGAGAGUUGUACGUUCCAUUUAGCAGAUGCCAACUGCCAGCUUUAUACAUACGGGGCGUAUGCAUGGACAUUCGUUGCAUUGCAUGGCAUGGCAUUGCACGGCACUGCAUUAUAUAAUAAUAAUAACAAUAAUAACAUUAAGAAUAACAAUAAUAAUAAUAGUAAUAAUAAUAAAUAA